CCGGCUGGAGGGGUUGGCCGUGUGCUGAAGGCCCAGUGAGCUGCCUGCUAAUGGGGCUGGGCCACCCUGCGCUGCUCCCGGAGGCUGGACAAGGCUGGGAUUGUUCUCUGGCUCCUUUGUCUCCCGUCCCCUGGCCCGCCGGCCUGCCACUCUCCUCCCUCCCGUUGGCCUGGCUGGCAGGGGCACCCGGGCCUGCUGACCCACCUGCUUGGGAGCUCCAGUCAAGCUCUGGGGUGGUUCCAUCCGCCUAGCUGGCCCAGCCCCACCAAUUGUGCCAAGGAAUGUGCCUGGGAGAGGCGGCCUGAGGCCGGCGGGCAGCAGAGCCACGGCCACCCGGAGGCAUUGCACAGGUCAACGUGGAGGUGCGGGCCACCAUGCUCAGCCUCAAGCUACCCCAACUCCUUCAAGUCCACCAGGUCCCCCGGGUGUUCUGGGAAGACGGCAUCGUGUCUGGCUACCGCCGCCCCACCAGCUCGGCCUUGGACUGUAUCCUCAGCUCCUUCCAGAUGACCAACGAGACUGUCAACAUCUGGACUCACUUCCUGCCCACCUGGUUCCCUGAGCUGGAAAGCCCUGGGCUCAGUAAGAUCCUCCGUACGGGCGCUUUCGCCUACCCCUUCCUGUUUGACAACCUCCCACUCUUCUAUCGGCUGGGACUGUGCUGGGGCAGGGGCCACAGCUGUGGGCAUGAGGCGCUAAGCAUCAAUCAUGGCUACCACCUGUUGUGCGCGCUGCUCACUGGUUUUCUCUUCGCCUCUCACCUGCCUGAGCGGCUGGCACCAGGACGCUUUGACUACAUUGGCCACAGCCACCAGCUCUUCCACAUCUGUGCAGUGCUGGGCACCCACUUCCAGCUGGAAGCGGUGCUGGCUGAUAUGGAGUCUCGCCAAGCCUGGCUGGCCACACAGGCGCCCCCCCUGGGCCUGGCAGGCACAGUGGCCACGCUGGGCUUGGCGGUGGCGGGGAACCUGCUCAUCAUUGCUGCCUUCACAGCCUCCCUAUUUCGGGCCCCUAGUACAUGCCCCCUGCUGCAGGGUGGUCCGCCGGAGGGGGGUACUAAUGCCAAACAACAGUGAGGCCUUGUUGCUGGGGGAGCCCAGACCCAGACCUGAAAGGGUGUGGGGCACGUAGGAGCCUGGAAGCAGAAGUGACUGAGAGAGUGCGGAGGAGAAAAGGCAGAGGAGAGGAGCUGGUGGGGCUGGCAGAGAGCAGGAGGGUCAGUGAGCGAGCUCUUGAUGGGGCUGGGGAAGUGCUGAGGGUCUGAGAGGGGAGGUGUGUGUCCAGGCUAGAGGGCCUCCCCUUCCGGGCAGAGGCUGGGAUGGGGAGGUGUUGGGGCCCUU